UCUACCUAGUCAAAACUCAGCUGAGGUUCGAGCAGUGGCUGUGAGAGGGUCGGGUUACACCCGCACCCGCCCCUAUUCGGUAGUGCGCUUUGGCCGUAUUGGUGUAUAAUAGGUGACCCCGGAUCCCUUGCACGCUGGCUUCCGGCCCAAAGCAUUAUUAACUAUUAUCUACUUGUACCUGGCUGUCUAUGCUGGAUUUGUACAGACAACAAUCCCAAGUCCUUUGAAUAGACAUCCCCAUUUCUCACCAAGAGCUGUUAUUCAAAAACACCCAGUAAUGACUUCCACAAUAUCAGUAGCAGCCGUAUGCGAUACAUGUCGAGCGCGAAAGGUCAAAUGUGAUCGUGACGAUCCAUGUGGUAACUGCGUCGAUGGAAAUAUUGAAUGCACUCGCACUUCUUCUUCCACCUCAAGAAGUUCUCUCAAGCGCCCGAGGGCCAGCGAGGCAUCUGCCCAGAAGGGACUUCAUCGUCUCAGUCUGGAGACUAAAAUGACUGCCUCGCCACCCAAGACAAACAGCACACCUCAGUCCCCUUCGAUCGUGGAGGCUCAGGAUUUCAUCAGUCGUGAAAUCUCAGUUGGGAAGCAGAUGCCAGCCGACAGACUAGCUAUUUUGAAUAAUGCUAUGUCAUUCGUGAAUCAACUCAGCCAAGCACCAAGACAUGAAGAUGUUCUGCCAACGAGAGGGACGCGGGUUGCUGACAUACUCGACGAUAUUCGUUAUCCGCCGAUUGAAUUAUUGUACUGGAUGCUUCGAGAGUUGAAAGGAAACAAGAUUGGCCCACAUGUCUUGGACUACUUUAAACAUGUGUCACCCAAAUCUCUCAAGGCCAUGGGCCUGGCUUUGAUCAAUCGGGUCGGCGAUCCAGAAACUUUACUGCUUUACUCGAUUUGUGUUAAUGCUGCUGCGUUCAAGUUCAUCAACACUGUCUUGUCCGACAGCGAGAUGGGCGGCGUGGAGGAUGGAAUGCGUGCCUGUGCAGCCAGAUACCUGAACAGUGUAAAGCUAGGAAUGGCACGCAUGCACCUCCUCUCCACUCCAUCCAUGUUGUUCUUGCAGGCACUUCUUUGCAGUAGUUUCAUCGCGCAGGGCUCCGGUGACUCGGUUCAUUGUUGGGCGUUCAUCUCCGCCGCUUGCAAGACCUGUGAGGAUAUUAAUCUGGAAUCCCGCGUCAAAGCAUGCCGGACAGAGACCGAAGAUGACGAAGAGUUGUACUACUGCUAUAUCUGGUGUCAUAUUCUUGACAAGGGAUACUCCAUGAUGCUGGGUCGCAGCCGCUGUCUGUUAGAGCAUCAUGGUCUCGAUUCGGUCUUUGCAUCGCCUAUGGUCAGAUCGGUAUCAUCACUUCUCUCUACCUAUCUACACUUUGUGCCCAUUCAAGCGAUUUACAUACUGGAGCUUCACCCGGACCGGAUAUCAAAUAACAGAGGACUUCUCUCGCGGGUCGAGUACGUCGUUCUCGACCUUCUUGAACGAAUGAAGCGUGUUCACGCUAGAAUCACAGAGCUACAUGGUCCAUCAGACUCAUGGAGCGGGUUGCAUAUGGGUAGCGAGUUGACUACGAUUCAGUUCACCUAUCACUGCCUACGCACAUCAAUACUUCGCUCGAAGCAGAUAUGCUCACCGGCACAGUCUUAUGUUGAUCAGGAGUGUUUGGAAGCAGCAAGAAUGGCCAUGUCAACUUUGCGAAGCUUGCAAGAAUCCUCUUUCGCACUUUCAGACAUAAGAGCUCAUGUGAGCUAUAUGCAUUGGACUGUCCUAUAUCAUCCAUUGACGCCAUUCUUUGUGCUCUUUUGUAAUGUUGUCGCUUCUUCAAACGAACAAGAUCUCGCAACAUUGAAAGGUGUUACAGAGGAGCUAGGUAGCCUGGCGAAUCUAUCAACGCCGAUUGCGAAGCUGCAAAACUUAUUCAAAUCGUUCAUCGACCUUUGCGAGGGACUAGUUUCAAACACAAAAAGACGCAAGAGGAAUGAGAUAGAGCAACAUGUUCAAAUGAGCGACCAAAGUCAACAAUUGGCCCCCCCUGCACUUCAAUUGCCUGUCGAGGUGCCAGAUGUCUUUGCUCAACAGAGUGCGACUCCGUUAUCUCAAGUUACCUCAGCUCCUAUGGACCCGAUGACUUCAUUGAGCUAUACCACGGAUGAAUCACUUGGAAUGAUGGACCCAGGUUGGGGACUUUUUGAUGUUCAACCUACGCUAGACUGGCUAGAUGCCGAUUUUCUAUUCUUGGAUAACCCCCAACAAUGA